AUGGCGGACAACCCUCCCUAUGAUAAGGGGGCCUUCCGAAUCGAAAUCAACUUCCCAGCAGAGUACCCGUUCAAACCCCCGAAGAUCACAUUUAAAACCAAGAUCUAUCACCCGAACAUCGACGAGAAGGGCCAGGUGUGUCUGCCCGUCAUUAGUGCUGAAAACUGGAAGCCAGCAACCAAAACUGACCAAGUAAUCCAGUCCCUUAUUGCACUGGUCAACGACCCGCAGCCCGAACACCCGCUCCGGGCUGACCUAGCCGAAGAAUACUCUAAGGACCGUAAAAAGUUCUGUAAGAACGCUGAGGAGUUUACAAAGAAAUACGGGGAGAAGCGGCCCGUGGACUAA